AGAUAGCCUAUUAUACCAAAAGCAAUAUGUUAGUUCCACCCGAUAACUUUGGCAUGGUUGAGCCUGGGGUUUAUCGUUGUUCAAAACUUGAAGCAGACCAUUUUCCUUUUCUAGAGACACUUCAAUUAAAAUCGCUUGUUUUGUUGGAUGCUGAAAAACCUCCCAGGACCCUUCGAAAUUUUAUUGAAUCGAAUAACGUUGAAUUGUUCAGAUUGGGAGGGUUAAAAAUCACUAACCAUUACCAUACUGGAGAAAGUUCGAGCUCUAAUAAAGAUCAUGAUGAAGAUGAAACAAAUAGUUUGAAUGGAGACCUGACAUCGUCCAGCUCCAAGACCCAAUCGGAAAAUGGAGAUGAAAAGGACUCAAACUCCCAUUCCAUCGAUUUAGUAUCAUUGGAUAAUUCCAAGAGUAAAAGUGAUCAAUGGAUGUUAAUUGAGAAAAAUUUGAUUUUAGGAGCAUUUGAAAUAUUAUUUAACAAAACUAAACACAAUCUACUCCUAGUUGAUCUGACUCUGACUUUAGUAGGGAUAUUAAGGAAAAUACAAAAAUGGAAUUUGAAUUCAAUUGUGAAUGAGUACCGUAUUUAUACUGGUAAUUCUAGUAAGAGUAAUUAUUAUGCUCAAAAUUUCUUAGAAUUGAUUCAAACUGAGUUGAUACCUUAUGAGAUUGAUCAAUUGAAUCACCAAUUAAAGAAACAACAAGAGCUGUCGAAACUUAAAAAGCAACAAGAAAAUGAAAUGCUACUGCUGUCACCUGCUUAUCAAAGAAGUCCCGAGUUGAAUAGAACUUUGUCGCGUAAUAGAUCGAUUGAUGAUGGUUCACCCAGUUGGGAUGAAGACCGGGACGACGUUCAAAGUCUUGACGAUGACGACAUUGAUGAAGAUUUCUUAUCUUCCUCGCCUCAAAUCCCUGCUAAUUUAUUGAAAUUAGUUGAGAUCAAAAAACAUGAAAAGCUGCAUUCAAUAGACGACGAAAGAAAUAGAAUUCCUGGAACUUCUCCCAACUACUCAAGAAGCAGUAGGAAUAGCAGUUUCACCAAUGAUAUACUAUUGAAUGCCGCCAGAGGUAAUUAUGAGAGAAGAAGGUCUUCAAUAGAUUCUAAAUUCAUCAAGAGUCAAAAUAAAAGUUUUCGUAACCAGAGCCCUACCACACCAUCAUCAUUCUCAUCAAGAUGGUCAUUUGAGAACACACCAAGACUCCUCAGAGAAAAGGAAUCAAAGAAGAACAGAUUCGAAGAUUUAUCACCUGCUGAAAUACAAAAUAUUAGAGAUACUUAUGAUUACAAGUACUAUAAAAACCUUCAUAAAUUCCCGGUGAAAUAUGGUAAUGUGGGGAUAAUAAAACUCAAAUUACCGCCAGAUAACAAUUUACCUGAUUGGUUCAUUAGAGGACGGAAUCAUUGGGAGUACAAUUUCAAAAAGUUGAAUAAUAUUUAAUGAAGUAACGUUUA